AUGGUGUAUUCGCCGCCAAUGGGGUUAUUCCACCAGGAAUUGCUAGCCCUAGACAUUCCUGUGAUUCUCCCUUUACCCCGAGAUAUGCCUCCGAGUAGCUACUUCGACAAUUGGGGUGCCACAACCACUCAUCAUCUCUUUGUCAAGUUUACAGGAGGAACUUCAGCAGAAACAGAGUAUUCCUUCUUGGAGUCAUUCGCUAUUCCCGUUAAGUUGUAUGACACACUUCCUCUAUAUCGCCAGUACAAUGAACCUGUGGAAGAGGUGCAGAUUUCGUCGGACAAUCAGCUGAUAUUACAAGUCCACUUGCCAGUAUCGUCUUUGGGCCCUCGAGAUCCGUUUACAGUCGAUGUCCAAGUCAAGGCAAACACCUUACACAAUAAGAGAAAGAAGAACUUGCUGGUGAAGCAAAUCACGCUUCAAAUGCGCGAGGUUUUGGAGUGCUACGACGGAGGGCUUGCUCCUAGAAAGGAAAAUAAAUUCAUCAGCACGAGUGUGGAGUUUGACCAUCAUUUGACCUCAGAAGGAAUGAAGCAUCGUUUUUCCUUUGAAUUUCCUCAUGCCAACGAUGCGCUAAUAUUCUUCAAGAAAUUCUCCCAACGGAACUUGAGUCCAAAAGUUGUCAAUUCUGCCACUGCUCAGUUCAACAGAAACAAGAACUUCCCCAAGCUUGCCGAUGGGAUUCCUCUAACCCACGUCCAAGGCUUCACUACCAUUGGCAAAUUGUUUUCUCUCAGGUACGAGAUCACUGUCAAGGUGAAGAUAAACCAUGGCAAAGAUAUCGACCUAACUAUCCCCAUAACAGUAUCUCCUUACGAUAGAGAUAGCAGUCAGUACCUUCUUCUGUGGAUCAGAAAUGAAUGUAUGCUAGCUCGUGACCGAUUUGGGAAACAAACAGUUCAUGAAAUAUCCCAUUUCCAUUCCCACGAAGACAUGCAGCGACUACUAAAUCAUUAUUGUGGAGCCCCAGAGUUGUAUUACUAUCAAAAGGACGACUGGGAAAGUUUGGGUUACGAUCCACGAGCAUUUGGGAAGCAAGAUCCUGGUAGACCUCUUGCUACAUAUAUAGACUAG